AUGCAGGCCCCCGUUUUGGUGAUGAACACCCAAAGCGGUGAGAGACAGACUGGUCGUAAAGCCCAGAUGUCCAACAUCGCUGCCGCCAAGACUGUCGCCGAUAUCAUUCGGUCAUGUCUGGGACCCAAGGCUAUGCUAAAGAUGCUGCUGGACCCCAUGGGCGGCAUUGUGCUUACGAACGACGGUCACGCCAUCCUGAGAGAGAUCGAGGUCUCGCACCCCGCCGCCAAGAGUAUGAUCGAGCUGAGCCGGACGCAAGACGAGGAGGUGGGAGAUGGUACAACCACAGUCAUUAUCCUGGCCGGUGAGAUCCUGGCGCAGGCCCUCCCGCAACUCGAGCGAAACAUCCACCCUGUCGUCAUUAUUUCUGCCUUCAAGCGAGCCCUCAAGGAUGCUUUGGAGAUCAUCGACGAGAUCUCACUGCCUAUCGACAUCAACGACGACAAGGCUAUGAACAGCCUGAUCUCGUCAUCGAUCGGCACCAAGUUUGUUUCGAGGUGGUCUGAUCUCAUGUGCCAGCUCGCACUCAACGCUGUGCGAACUGUCUCGUGGGAAGCCGGCAACGGGAAGCAGGAGGUUGACAUCAAGCGAUACGCCCGCGUGGAAAAGGUUCCAGGCGGUGAGAUUGAGGACAGCAGAGUCCUCGACGGAGUCAUGCUGAACAAAGACAUCACACACCCCAAGAUGCGACGCAGAAUCGAGAACCCCAGAAUCGUGCUCCUGGACUGCACUCUUGAGUACAAGAAGGGUGAAUCGCAAACCAACAUCGAAAUAUCCAAGGAGGAGGACUGGAACCGCAUUCUGCAGAUCGAGGAGGAGCAGGUCAAGGCCAUGUGCGAGUCCAUCUUGGCGCUCAACCCAGAUCUCGUCAUCACCGAGAAGGGCGUGUCGGAUCUUGCCCAACAUUACUUCAUGAAGGCCAACGUUACUGCGCUGCGAAGAGUCCGCAAGACCGACAACAACAGAAUAGCAAGAGCUACGGGUGCCACCAUCGUUAACCGGGUGGAGGAUCUCCAAGAGUCGGACGUUGGCACGCAGUGUGGUCUGUUCGAGAUUGAGAAGAUCGGCGACGAGUACUUCACCUUCUUGACCAAGUGCGAGUCGCCAAAGGCCUGCACCAUCCUCCUCCGUGGCCCCUCGAAGGACGUGCUGAACGAGAUCGAGCGUAACCUGCAAGACGCCAUGGGCGUUGCACGGAAUGUCAUCUUCUCCCCCAGACUGUCUCCCGGCGGUGGUGCAACCGAGAUGGCAGUUUCCGUUAGGUUAAACCAGCUGGCCAAGAGCAUCGACGGCGUGGAGCAGUGGCCGUACAAGGCUGUGGCCGACGCUCUCGAGGUCAUCCCGCGAACUCUGAUCCAGAACGCCGGUGGUAGCCCCAUCAGAGUCUUGACCGACUUGCGCGCCAAGCAAGGCGAGGGCAAGAGCUCCUGGGGUAUCAACGGUGAGACAGGUGGACUGGCGGAUAUGAAGGACUACGCCAUCUGGGAGCCGGAAGCCAUCAAGCUCCAGAGCAUCAAGACGGCUAUUGAGGCUGCCUGUCUCCUGCUCCGAGUAGACGACAUUUGCAGUGCCAAGAAGGCGCAGCAAGUCGGAGGUGGUGUUGGCGGAGGAGACGAUUAA